AUGGAACAUGAAUGCAACGAAAAAGUGCGACUGUUUCCCAAUCCUGAAAGAAUUGAUAAGGUGCAGGAGUCAAUGAACAAUAUCGAAACUGUAAUAAGAGAACGUAAUAUUGCAUAUUACAAGCUAGAAACGGGAGAGACUGGAGAACGCCCUGUUGAAGAAGUUGUGAAUAUGUUUGGUUUACCUAAAAAAUACAAGAAACAAGAGCACCACAUACCACAAUUUAUGAACAGCCGUUGGGUUAGACCUUAUUUAGAACAUGGAUACAUUAACAGUCUUGCAGUAAAGAAGUUUUAUCGGUUGUAUAAGGAAAAACUGUAUAAUGAAACAAGAAAGGCUCGCAAUAGAAAUUUCAAUCAUGUUCAACAUCUACUGAAACGCUUUCCAAAUAUGGAUUUAGAAAAGUUAAAGGCAGAAUAUCCUGAUGUCGAUAUUGAAAAAGCUAAGCGUUCUAAGAAAGCUAGGGGCCACUUUAUGCCUGUAUAG